AUGGACCUUACUCCAGAGGAAAUCAAGCUGGUUGAGGUUGCCAAAGCCACUAUUCAAUCAAUUUCCACCUCAGAUACCUACAGUGUUGCCUCCGCCGCCCUCUCCGCCGACGGUCGAACUUUCUCAGGUGUCAACGUUUUCCAUUUCACUGGUGGGCCCUGUGCCGAGCUCGUGGUGCUGGGUAGUGCUGCGGGGGCCAACGCCCAAAAGCUGAAGACAAUUGUUGCUGUUGGCGAUGAUGGCGAAAAGGGGGUAGUUCUGAAUCCUUGUGGUCGGUGUCGACAGGUCCUGCGGGAUUUGCAGCCUAGUAUCAACGUGGUGGUCGUGAAAGGUGGGAAGUUGAAGUCCAUAUCUAUUAAUGAACUUUUACCGUACGCAUAUGAUACACGGGAAUAG